AUGAAUGCAACGGCCAUCACUGCUACGGCGAGCUUUGUUGCUGAGACGAGCUCGUACGGAAAAGUCCUGGUAUUUCUCGUGUUGCCAUGUCUCCUUACAUACGCCUAUACUUCGUACGGCAACAGGGGGUACCGCCAUGACUUGGCGUCUCGGGAGCCACCAAGGGUUCCAUACUGGGUCCCCGUCGUAGGCAACACAUUUGGGUUUGCCUUUGAUACGGAAAAAUUUCUCUUUUCCGCCAUAUCAAAGUUUGGCAAUGUUCCGCUUCGACUCCUGAUUGGGGCCGAGCCUAUGUACUAUAUCCCUCAUGGCCAGCCAAUCCUUGAUCUUUUCAAGGCGUCCCGCCAUUUGACGACCAAGUCCCUUGGUGUUAUGACCAUUCGAAACGCAUUUGGUUGUCCACCUGCAGAUGUCAAGAUUUAUGCAGACGACGAGUCUGGGACAGAUGCAAAGCCUGCGCCUGGCUGGGAGCACGUCGAUCCUUCACAGCGACUGCACUUUGUACACCAUCGCGACUUGCACACGCUUCUAGCUGGAAGCUCGUUACAUGCCCUUGAAGAAAAGUUUGUGGAGUCAUUGUCAAGAAGUAUUUCAAACGAUUCAAAGUUUAAGAAGGACGAAUGGACGGAAGUGAGCGACCUGUACGUCCUGUUCAGGGACUACCUCUUCUGUGCUGCACUUGAAGCCUUCUGCGGUGAAAAAUUCUUGGAGCUCUCACCAGAUUUCCCAGAGAAUUUCUGGGUGUUUGAUCACCAUCUUCCAAACCUAUUCAAGAGGCUCCCCAAGUGGCUCAUCCCCAAGAGUUUUCGCAUGAGAGAUAAGGCACUCGGGGGAGUGCUACGGUAUCAUAGGUAUGGGCGGGAACAAUUUGACUUCACUGAUGAUAAUGUCUUGAAGGGAGAAUGGACACCUCAGUUUGGAUCACGACUUAUGAGGGCAAGACAAAAGAUGUUCUUGACGACUGGGUUUUCUGUGCAAGGCGCUGCUGCCCUUGAUCUGGGCAUGUUAUGGGGGCAAGUUGCCUUUCUCUCCUUUCACUUUGUCAAUGCCAACGCGAUCCCUGCUUCUAUGUGGAUGCUGCUUGGGGUUCUCCUCGACGACAACAUCAAAGAUCGCCUCAUGGCUGAGAUCGACCCUGCAUUCACUACAUCUUCACUGUCGUUCAACAAGGACAAGCUUUGUUCAGGGCCACUUCUCAACUCUAUCUACUGCGAAACCCUCCGUGUUCGAGUUGCCGCACCUGUGGGCCGAACGUCUUUAAUCCCGGAUCUCAAGUUCGGGAAAUGGAAAUUGAAUCAAGGUGUGACCAUGUUGUCAACAUCGUGGAUUGGAGGCCAUGAUACUAAGUUCUGGAAUACUGGAAGGGAGUUCCCUGAUGGGUCUGUAGAACAUCCUGUGGAUUCAUUCUGGGCCGAGAGAUUCCUUCAGUAUCCAGACGACCCAUCAAGCGGACCGGUUCGCAACCCAUCCUUCAAGGCCCCAUUCAAGACGAAGAGGCGCACUCCAGAGGAUGACCGAAAUGCCCAAGUGAUAACAGAAGGUACGCAGGGAUAUUGGUACCCAUAUGGUGGAGGAACCAAGAUGUGUCCUGGUAGGUUCUUUGCCACUCAGGAGUUGAAGGUCGGGGUUGCCAUCAUGCUUCGUGCAUAUGAUAUUGAGUUGCUUGACCAUGAAGCAGCUGCCAAGAUCGGACCGAAUAUGGACUACUUCCCCUUUGGUACCAUCCCUCCCAAUGGCAAAGUUGCCGCUCGAAUCAGGCGUCGCAAGCUGGAGUAA